GUCGUCCUGUAAUUGUAAGGGUACAAUUAUAAUUUAUAAAUGUGAUCUGAUUUGCACCGCGAUAAACUCUCCAAUUAAAAAAUGGCGAUGCUUUCAAUAUCGGCUUCCCUUCCCACCACCACUUCUCUCAAACUCCAUUCCCCAAAUCAACAUCGGUGGUUAAGAAUGAAUAUGAGAUUAUCAGCAAGUAUUAAUGGUGCUAUUACUACUUGUGAUGGUGUGAAAUUGACUGAAGGAGUUGGGAAUCUUCCUAAAGUUGUUCUCACUUCUCCUCAUGGAAGUGAGGCUGAGGUGUACCUGUUUGGAGCUUGUUUAACUUCAUGGAGAAUUCCAAAUGGCAAAGACCUUCUGUUUGUGAGGCCUGAUGCCGUCUUAAAUGGCGAGAAACCCAUCAGUGGAGGAAUCCCACAUUGUUUUCCUCAGUUUGGACCUGGGAAAAUACAGCAGCAUGGCUUUGCAAGGAACGUGGACUGGUCUCUUGUUGGUUCUGAAAAUUCAGAAGAGAAACCUGUUGUGACUUUUGAAUUGAAGGAUAACUCGUACAGUCGUGCAAUGUGGGAUUUCAGCUUCCAUGCUUUGUACAAAGUCAUCUUGGAUUCCUCUAGCCUUUCAACAGAAUUAAUUGUCACAAAUACAGACAAAAAGGCCUUUACUUUUAGCACUGCCUUGCACACGUACUUCCGGGCAUCCAUCACUGGGACAACAGUUACUGGUCUGAAAGGUUGUAAAACACUGAACAAAGAUCCAGAUCCUAAAAAUCCUCUGGAGGGUGUUGAGGAGAGGGAUGUGGUGACGUUUCCUGGAUUUGUGGACUGUGUAUAUCUUGAUGCACCAAAUGAAUUGCUUCUCGAAAAUGGAUUGGGUGACAAAAUACUAAUCAAGAAUACCAACUGGUCAGAUGCGGUCUUGUGGAACCCACAUCGGCAGAUGGAGGCAUGUUACAAAGAUUUUGUUUGCGUGGAAAACGCUGAGAUUAAUGAAGUCGAGCUGCAACCUGAGCAAUCUUGGACCGCAACAAUGCAGCUUAGUAUAGCUUAGGAUGGAUAAUCCGGUUACAUAUUCAAGGGAUAACUAUAUCAGUCUGUGAUCUAGGAAGGAAGAUCUUCAUUGUCUUUAUCUAUAAAAUAAUUUUGUCAUACCAUUAUACACAGCUAUUAAUUUAUUGAAAUAAUGCAGUAUUGUACUGCAUAUGCAAUGCUGUCUUAAACUCA